UAUAUAUAUAUAAUAAGAAUUAAAGAGUCCAACGAAAUCGAAAGUGUUCCCAUAACGCCCGCUUCGAGUUCGUUCGUAAUACGCGUCUUUCACCAGAUCGCUCAGAAAUUGCUUUCUAUUUUAAACCAAACCACAAUGCCCAAGAUUUAGUUUGCAAAGAAAAAAAAUUUGUGUAAAAUCGAAUUUAGUAUGAAAUAAUAAGAGUGACUUUCUUUUGAUGUAAGUGUACCUUCGUGGUGGUUUAAUGUUAACCUAUCGAGUAGGCGAAAGUAAGUAAACAAGAAAUGAAAUGGAAAGUAACUCUCCGCGUUGAUGUGAGGUUGGAGGAGACGUGUGGUAAGGCGAAUGAAGAACUUAGUAACGAAUGAACGAGAGCUCUGGCGUAAUGCAGGCGAACGCGGCAUUAAGUAAUUGAUAGUUUUGUGUCGGCGCGGUUGUCCUCGAAACUUAUUUUACCUGUUUAAACCAUCCAAGGUCUCUACUUUGUAGCGAAGUGAAAGUCUGCUUGACUAACAGCGGGCGAACCGUAGAAUAGUAGUCGACAGUGUCCGAGGAGGCUCCGGCGCGUUUAGCGUCUUCUUUUCGCCUCUCUCUCUUUCUGUCUUUUUCCACGUUGCUCUCCGCAAAAAAGCGGCUUCGCGCUGCGAAAAAAGGCCCAAGGAAAGUGUCGCGGUGGAGGGAGCCGUUACGUAACACGAUAUGGGUCGUUGAAGUUGCACGGCAAUUGUUUAAGUACGUUCUCGCACCGAGAUUCAUCCUUGAAAUUUGUUGUUUAUCAGUUCUGGGUUAUUUAUUCGCAUUUUGCAACGAUCUUUUACUCUUACGUUACUCUUCAAUAUUUCAUUUCUACCACCUGUUCUCUAUUCAUAACGUAUUAAACAAACCUCGACUAUAUUUGGUCACCAUGAUGAUGAUUACCUUGGCAGAAACUAGUUUGGUGAAAUUGAAAUGAUUGUAAAAUUUUCUUUUUCUUAUUGGUUCUUCCUGUUGUGCAGGUUUUUGAGUACAAGUGUUUCGCAAACCGACAUCGAAUAGAGCGGUUCUAAUAAUAGACGCGUUCGGAAAGAACGUUUACUAGUGGCUUUGCGCAAAUAUAAAUCCGAGCCGGAGUUCGCCUACUAACCCAUUUUUCGAAAGGGGUUGGCGACGACGGUCUGGUUUCGCUCGUCCAAGAAUGCAAUUGUACUUGCACAUGCAACCGGGCGGCCGCUGCUAUUGAUAGAAAUAGAAAUAGAGAUUAGGUUAGUGACGCUGUGCACCGUUUCAAAAAUUCUCGUGUGCGCAUCCACAACUGGGUUAGUUAAUAGGAGCCAUGAUAUUGUAAUUGUAAAUUAGGCAUAAUUGGACAAAUUGAGGCUAACGGUGUCUGGUGCCCAGAAUAGGACUGAUAUUGAUCGUGGGAUGCUCCUCAGUUUAUGUUAUUUUGCAUGUUUUUUUCUUUAAAAACAACUCUUCUUUUCAGCUUUCAAUAUUUAGAUUAAUGUCGUUACUUCCGAUUCGUUCAUCAUUUCGACAUUUACGUAAUGCUAUAAUAGGAGGUAAAAUCGUCACACACGGUAUUAAUUUGUGGCUUAGGUUGUGCAAAAUUCUUUACUCACUUCGAAACGUUCAUUUUUUACCUUUCAUUUAUAGUAUUUUCUAAUUAACUAAUAACUGUCAUCAAUCGCUUUUAGCGGGGUUGACAUUUAACAUACAUUAAUUACACCGAUUUACAAAAUUAUGUACGAAUCGGAUUAGUUAAAAGUGGCCAUCUGGUUCGAGAUGAUAUUCGGUAGUAUUAUUGAAAGAGUUUUCUAUUUACGAAAUCGGUAAAUAAAUGUGUCAAAUUCGUAUUCUUGUCGGCACGGCUGAAAGAGUUAGAGAUCUUAGCCGGCGCGUUUUCCCUAAAUUUAUGCCCGAUUAUUUCUUUGGAGAGUCGCGCACGACCGUGCUUCGGAAUACCGUCGGGCAAAUUAACCAACAAUCCGCGGUUGUAGUUGUAGAGGUGGAAGGUAAUAGUUAUGUUUAGAUCCGAAACGGGAGUAGAAUGCAUAAUAGGUGUGACGUAACGUUUAAUUAAUAACGAUCCGAAGGUUAAAGAAAGGACAUUCUUCAAGGUUUCAAAUAACAAAGGGCGUUCGUGGCGUCAUGCCAAUCGGCCAGUUUGGAAGUUUGGUUCGGCAAAGUAUAAACUGAAAGGUGCAUCCCCCGCAACCUUUUCCGGAUGUUUUUCGGAGAGAUAUUUCGAGAGCUAUUUGGCAUAGCCAACGAUUGUUUUUAUUCGAUAUCGUCGGUUGGCCGUUGAAAUGGUAUUGCAGCACCAUUAUACAACCGGCCGCCCCACCAUGGAGCCAGCCCGCGGUAUUGUGAAAGUACGGUUUCGCAUGGCCCCAGAAUGGGCCUCGGAUACUCGGGACGAGUUGCCUUGGCAGCCUCGGUGAAAGCAAACCGAACUGAUCGAGGAAUGCCAAGUGGCCGCCGCGCCGCGCAACCAGAGGGCCGUCGUCGCCCUAUUGCGGCCGAUUAAAUGUAUGAUGCGAUACUAAGUAGGUACAUAUGUAGUGGCGCGCCGCCGGAUUCAAAAUACACAGGAACGUGGUGGAACCAAGUGGAACGUCCCGACCAUAUUACCCAUAUUACGAUCGCGCGAAAUGCGUUUGCACUCGCGCCAAACGCCGUUUCAAAGCGCAGUCGCUACCCCGCGACCUUGAAUAGAGAAAGACGGUGCCGCGAGUGAGCCGGGAAUAGGAAAAAAAAACACACACACAUACAUACGGACGAACGCACACAGACGCGUCUCACCAGGUCCGUAUUUAUUGCCACAAGGCCUUCUCGUCCUCUUAACUCUUAAACUCUUGGCCCACGCGUCUAUUCCGCGCAUCUUUCUUCCGUCUCAAUUUCCUGAAAUGAUCUGAUUUCAACACAUUCGUUUUUGCACUAAAAGAAAACUGUAAUGUUUUCAUAACCUGGCCCAAUAUCGUGACCCGAACAUUCUUUGCUGUUUUCAUUGUCGCUAGAUGUUGACCUUCAAAAACACACCAACAUAUUAUGCUUGUUAUUGUAGUUUUUGCAAAUUUUUUUUUAUCAAAUUCACUCAUUGAUGUCUCUAAUAUAUAUAUCGUUAUUAAGAAAGGAUGAAUAUCUUGGUUGUAGCUACGAGGUUCAAGUGAUAUGUUAGGACUCAAAACACGUCUAUGAGGAUAUUCCAUAUUCAAGGAUAUUAUUCAAAAAUAAUUGUCGUCGUGGUUCAUUCAUUUCUUAUUUGUCCACAAACGUAGAAACUCAAUGCACGUUUUGCAUAUCUUUUGCGGAAUCCAAGGCUUGUCUUGUAUUUGGAUCAUCCAACGAUGCCAUAUCAAAUUAUAUUAAGAAAACUUAAUAUUUUCGAUUUUUUGGUGUAAAGCUGUAACAAAAAAACUAAGAGUAAACAUCACGUGAUAAAAGUCAAUCAUCAGACAAAAGUUGGCAUAUUGUUGUGGAGUAGAAUUGUAAUAGUAUAUGAUGAGUUGCGGUGUUUUUGUAAAUUUAGGGUUUGGAAAGUGGAGUUGGGGAUUAAAAUUUCGGGUGCGGUCGGUCCGUCGUAGUUCGGCCCUGCGCCACGAGAGCGUUGUGGCAGCGCGCGAGGAGAGGUGCACGCUGAGUACAUGGUGGGGCUGGGCUGAAGAGAAAUGGGGGGAAAAGAAAGGGAGAAAUUAAGAACUAGUAGUAUUAUGUGCGAUUCGGAGGACAAAGCGGCUCUAAAAUCCAUGCCAAUUAAUACCGAUACACGGUUGUCGUUUUCGUAGCAGCGCGCCGCCGUCGUAGGAAGGCGAAAGAGUCGCCAACAAACGGUUCGGCUCAAAAGUUUAGCGCAGCACCGCGGGACUGCGAAGGCUCGGGGCUCAGGCUCACUUUUACUUUCAUUUGUGUCGUAACCGCGGUCCGAUAGUCGCGUGGCCCAAAAAUACAAUCCACUCUACCGUUCGGCUGACGACGAGAAGACACCACUGCGGCCGCGCGAAAGUGUUUACCAGUGAGUUAUGGCACCGUUCGCUCGCGAAACGGCCCUUAAACUGACCGGAACCGACCGACGCACCAUCUGACCACCGACAACGGAAGGACAACCCGUUUUUUUAUAUCUUUACACCCUUUAUUUUCAUGAAUCCCAUCGGAUUAUCAAUUCAAAUGACAAACACCUGUGAUUUCCGGCCAAACCAUUAUUAACGCGACCAGCCAUGUACUCGGAAGAACAAGAAACACAGGGUUUAUUAACGCUGCAUUAUGGGAAACACCACGCGACGAUAGUCGACGAGAUUAGGACUUGUUUUAGUUCCGAAAAUUUCGCCGACAUGACUUUUAUUUGUGACGAUAAAACGGUCAUCAGUGCACACAAGCUCGUCAUGGCUUCAGCGAGUCCUUUGGUUCGCCAAAUCUUGGGCGAAUCCGUUCACGCUCAUGGACCAAGCGUCGUCUUGAUUCCGGGAAUCAAAAGUUGUCAUUUGAGACAUCUUUUAGAUUUUCUAUAUCAUGGACAAGCUUGCGUUCAAUCGAGCGAAUUACAAAGCAUACGAGAGUUAUUUGAUCUUCUCCAGAUCCAAUCUGGAGUUUGGGAGUCGUCUGAAGAACACAAGAAAAACGAAGAUUGCUGGUCUCAAUCCGAAUCGGACAUUAAUCAAAUUUUGGUCAAAAAGGAAAACGAUUCAGCCGAGGACGACGAUAAAGAAGAAGGCGAGAUUAAAGAUGACGACGACGACGACGACGACAACUCAAAUCAUAGUCAAAGUAAUUCACCGAAUCCCGUUAAUUUAUCGUUAAAUACUAAAUCCUCGGAUGGAAAAGAAGAAGAUAAUUUUCAAAAAAAUGAAUUAAGUACAGAAUUAAAAAUAGGUCAAUCAACAGUAAAAAUAGCUCAAAAAGUUCAAGAACUUUGCCACAAAGUAAAAAGAAAACCCAUGUAUAUAGAACCGGUUGAUUUAAAACACCAAGAAGAAGUAUCCCAAUUAAAAGUGCCGAUCGGCGAUCAAAAAUUAAUUUCGUUAGUACAAAGUCCGGAUAAUUACGUAGUUACACCUCAUCGAAAACGAAGACCUGGAUUUCAUAAUAGCCCGUCUCAAAACCCACCCUUUGUGCCGUUUUCGCCGUCCUACAUCGACGAUCACCAUCGAUUCAAAAACCUUUCGUUGCCGCUUUUAUCGAGAAAUGCUUUAUCGCUUUCUGCACCACCUUAUCUAGUUGAUAGGACGCAUACUCCAACUCCAGGACAACAUGCAGACUCUGGACCGCCAGAUAACGUGAUUAUUAAGUAUCGUCCACCAAGUGCGGAUCAAAGUAUAACGCCGGAAUCGUAUCCUUCGUUUGAUGCGUCGUGGGGGGCGUGGUCUUUGUGUCAACCCCAAGUUGUAAAUCCAUCCCCGAAUGAAGAUAGGGAAGUUUCGGCUUCGUUCACAAAUAGUGGUCAAGAUGAACAGGAAUCGCAUGCGACCGGAAGUGGAAAACAAAGCGGGCCAACUGGACAAAUUCGCGAAUAUCGGUGCGAUUAUUGCGGGAAACAAUUCGGGAUGUCUUGGAAUUUAAAGACCCAUCUUCGAGUUCAUACGGGGGAGAAGCCGUUUGCGUGUCGACUAUGCGUGGCCAUGUUCAAACAAAAGGCGCACUUAUUGAAGCACUUGUGCUCUGUGCACAGGAACGUGAUAUCUUCAAACGAGGGCAACGUCGGGAGAUUCAAUUGUUGUUUUUGUCCGUUGUCAUUCGAGGCGCUUCCCGAACUUAUAAGGCACCUCUCGGGACCCCACAACAAUUUAUUACUCAGCAAAAAUAUGCAUGAGUUAAAAUAAACAAACUAUUAUCAUUCCGAAUAAAAAUCAAAAAAACCCUUUUAUAAAAUCCGAAAUUAUUUUAAGAAAAAUUUUUUUAAAAGGGAUGUAUAAUUACUUUUUGGGUAACGAUCGUAUAAUUUCAGUUUUUUGGAACGGUCAUUAAACCCAAAAAGUUUUGUGAUAUUUACGAGCCCAUACGUGCCUUUCCUUCUACGACGUGUACUCAUAUAGUGCUUUAGUAUUCAACCAAUGUUGUGUUCAAAUCCCAUACCUAAGUAUUCUAAUGCCAGCCCACCUGCCCUGGGUUGGAAGCCCCCUUCAUAAACGAAGAAACCACUACGAACAACUCCGUUUUUCCCCUCGUUUAUGUCGAGUUUUUUUGUAUAUUUUUCUCUGAUACUUAUAUAGUUUUUACUACAAAACUGGAAUAUAUUAACGUAUAUUUUUUUUAAUAUACACACCAAAGAGCUAUUUUUUAUUUAUUAAAAAAUAGGGCCAUUUCAAUUUUUAUUUUUUUUGCCUUUAUUUCUUUUAUUCUUUUUCUUGAUUUCCACCCAUGAUCCACCCAAUUUCUCGUUUCUUUUCCCCUCAUCAUUAUCUUUUCUUCACCUUUUGAAACGAGAAAAUAUUAAAAAAAAGAACGCACCAGUUUCGAACAAAAAAUUACGUGUGUGUAUUUUUUUCGACGCAAAAAUGUCUAUUUCUCUAUUUUUUUUUUUUUCAAUUAAAAAAAUGUGGUACAAACAUGGUAACGUUAGCAAAAUGGUAGAUAAUGUACAUACGAUUGUAUAUAGUUGUAUUUAAGUAUAUUUAAUUAAUAAAAAAUAAGAGUCUUAUUGAGUUUAAA